AUGACCAAGUUCCAAACUGCUGUUCUAGUUCACUUGGGAGAGAUGAUACGGCAGGUUUCUUUCACUGACCCUGGAGCUCACUCCAGUAAUAUUCAGGUGGUAAAACACUCUGAUGCAGCAUCCAGUGCAGCAGCAAUAUUGUAUGUGAUUUUCUUUCACCUUGCUUUACAGAACUAUGCAGAGGGAGAUCUUUUUGAGGAUGAUGGCCAUACAUUCAACUUUGAGAAGAAAAAUGCAUAUAUUCACAAGAAAUACAUCUUCUCUAAUAACUCAUUGAGCUCCAGGUCAGCAGAUGUUAAUGGCCAGUUUGCAACUGCAUCUUGGAUUGAACGAGUGGUGAUCAUGGGAGCAGCAAGACCAACUUCUGUGCAUCUUACAAAUGCUGAUGGCAGCAAGUUAACUCUGGAUUUUGAACACAAUGCAGAAACAUCUGUUUUAACAAUUCGUAAGCCAGCUGUGAAUACUGCUACAGAUUGGACUAUAUCCCUUUUAUAAUGCACUGUUCAAAGUGGAACCACUUUUUAUGUUCUGUUUAGUGUAGGCCAAGUUCACACAAGGCUUGUGGACGGAUACAAAUCAGAAAAUAUCAGAGAAGCAGACCUUGGUGUUUCAUGUCCUAAAGUACUUUGCUCUUUAAAAUUUUGAACAUUAACAAAAAAAAAAAAAACACACACACACUGACAUUAACCUUUACCUGGUAGCACUUUUAUUUGAAAGCUGUCUUCUGGGUUUUUACUGUAACAGCUGAAGUGAUUUAAAAAUUAAGAUAUGGCAAAUAAAAGUAAAAAUGGCAUAAAUCUACAAAUGAUAGUUACUAAAACAUUUAAGGCAUAAUUUCCAUAGCGCAUUUGUGGUGCAGUAGAUCAAUAUUCUUGCAUGUUGCCAGGCUGAGGUAGCAUCAGCCACUCCAGAACUUUUCUGGCAUAAGGCAUAUCUGGCUAUGCCUUCUUCAUGUCAGUGUCAUUAAAAUGUAACACAGGAAGUUCUCUAGUUUAUCAAAGUGUGAGGCUUUGUUUACAAGUAAUAGAAUGAAGUAGAAUGCACAUUUUUAAAGUUAAAAUUAAUUUGAGGUCAUUGCAUAAUCAGCUGAUAGUUAUACUUAAAAAAAAAAAAAAAAAAAAAAAAAAAAUUAAGCAUGUUGUCUGUUUUUUUUUUAGAUUUUUGUGAAUGUCAUUUGUUCUACACCAUCAACAGCAGAGCUGUAAAAUUAAGCCUGUACAUGAAAACUAAUUCUGACUGCAGUUAAAAAUGUAUUUGAGCACACUACAUUAUAAAAAGGCAAAAAGCUUUUUCUUUGGUAUGUUAACAGUUGCAUUUUUCCUCAAUGAAUGGAACAACUUGAGAGAAGUUCUUGUGUUAGAGAAACUGGUUUUAUGCUAUGCCUCGCCUCAGAUUUUGCAACUGCAGGUUUAGUACUUAACAUUUUUUUAUUUGCUUUAGAAUCUGAUGAGAUCUGUAGCUCGCAUUUAAAGCAGUAAACCCAAAGUAAUUAAGUAUUCAUUACAUGAGGGCACUGUGCUCAUGGAUAUUUUUUUUUUUUGCGGGGGUGGGGGUAAGUGACUAGAGGCCAGUUCUUUAGGGUGAGGAUGCUGUAGGUGAUUAUAUAGGUUCAUAGGUGUUUACAAGGCUAAUGACCCUAGGGGGGGCCUUUUAAGCCUAGCUAUGCUUCCCAAAAAUCAAACACUGUACCUUGUGUCCAGGAGGCAAACACCUUAACCAUUAUGCCAGCCCAAUGUUUUAAGCACAGCAUUCUCCUGUAUGAGGGUUAUUCAGUGGUCAGGCAGCAGCUGCAGAGGGCUUACAUCAACAGACAUCGACAAUGUGAGGUGUUAUCAAGGUAUCGCACGUGUUUUCCUGAAGUGACACCAUUUCACAUUGGAGGAUGCUAGUAGGUUUGAAUACAAUUGCAAGUUUUCACCCCUUCACUAUAACUCUGAUGCCUGAAGUUAGAAUUUGCAGAUGAUGUCUUCAUUCCCAAUGUUUAACAUGGAUUCUGGAUCUAAAAUUGUAUUGCGGAUUUAAAUCAUGAAAACAUGCCAUACAACUAACUGUUUCUAUUAUUUUAUUUUUCUUUGUCUCUUUUUAGCAUUUUUGAGGCCUAUUCUAUGUCUGUGUUGCAUAAUCCCUCAAAAUCUUAGCAGCUGCUCAUAUUGAGUUAUUGCUGCUUUCAGUGCUGGCUUAAAAUGUUGUUUACAUUUUUUUUUAGUCGUGGGGAGGCAUUACAGAUUCUUAGGUUCCUGAAAACAAACAUGUUUUGCCAAGUACCCUUUUGCACCAUGGUCACAUGAUGGAUGCCUUGUACGUAUUUUUUUAACACUGCCCCUAUAAAUCAUUUAAAGAUGACCUGUUUCAGCACUGUUUCCUGUUGGCUUAAAAAAACAAUGAAUAUUGCAUUAUUUGCAAGACUAGUCUUCUUUAAACUAGAUGGCUUUUUAUCCCUUGACAUUUAGCAGUAAACAAAUUAUCAUCUCUGCUAACAAGGAUGUAUUUGCCAGAUACAGUACUAGAAAAAGUGAUGGACCAUAAAAUAUACAGAAAAAUGCAAGCUUGCUUUUAAGUUCAAAUUUUUUAAUAGUAAUUGUCAGUUUUGUGCCUCAAAGCUAUUGUGGCAUUGCGUUUUGUUACACUGAGCAGCAAUGUCCAAAAUGUAUUGUGGGAACAAGAACAAAAAAGCACUUUCUAAACAUUUCAGGGCCAAAUUGGCUGAGAGGUUGUGACUGGCACUUUUACAAGAAGUUAUACAUUUGUGUCUUUUUUAAAUAUGCUUAUUAUAUCAAAGUCCAUUCUGAAUGCCCAGUAAAGCAUUGUGUUGCCCUUUGAAAAAUAUUGAAUUCCUAAACUAAAAAGCAUUUCUACUAGAUUGUUAAGUUUAUUCCCUUUAGUAUGUUACUGCGAAAACUUGUCAUAUCUGGUCUUUGCUUUCUCCUUACUUCUGUUGUGUAUCCGUCUCCAAGUUGGAUUAAUGCAUUAGAAAUUUAGCAACAUUUGCUCUGAGAUUUAAAAUGACAGUGAUAAUUUGGUAAUGAUGGAAUUUUUUUCUGAUUGACCCCUUUUGUCACUUACGUUUGCACUCACCAUGGCUCCUCAUGAUACUUUGUGUUUACUGUACUUAUUUGUAAAAUUGUCUGAAUUGAAGAUGUAGAUUUUUGUUAUGGGGAUGGGGAGAAAUUUUUCCAUGAUUUUUGUGGGGGCAUGGGAGACAUUUGGUGACAGAAGGAUAAUCUGAUGUUUCUGCACUCUGAAAAAUCUUUUAAGAUGAAGCCUUGAUCUAGCAGAAUAUACGUUGGCAACAUGCAGCAGAUUGUCCUUUUUCUUGGUGUGCACCUUCAUUUCAAACUCAAUGUCAACAUUUUUCUGCUGACUGGAUAACAUGACAGCCAAAGUUGAGCUUUUUACAUCACACAAGUGCCACCGCCAGACUGGAAAAAUUCAUUUGAAGUUCAAGAUGAAUGUGUAGAUAAUGGCAAGGAUAUCGUAGAAGAAAUUUUUAUAUUGAUUUCCAGCGUUCCGUUAGUAAUGUGCACUUGCUAGCAUACUGCUCAGGUUUUGUGAAUGUUAUGUACACUGGUUGCGAAGUUGAGCUGAGUAAGUACUCAGCUGAACUUGGAAAGUAGCUUAGACAUUGGAAUCUCUCUAUCACUGCAGAAGCAUAUUCUGUAUUGUUUUUUGUCAUCAUUUACCUGCCAGGGAAUAUUUCAGUGGUGCCGAAACAGUUUUAAAGAAAACCGCAAAAUUGGGGAUGGGGAGAGCAGUUUUGUCAUUAAAGCUUGAAUUCUGUACCAAAAUUCUUUUGAUAAUAAAGGUAUUUAAAACAUUAUAA